AUAGUGCCCUCGAUGGUUUGACACCUCUAAAACGGGGGGAAAAAAACUGUAAAAGCAUAUUAGAUUAGACCAAAAACUACUAGUACGUACGACAUGAAUGGAUGUUUAAGGCCUGCCCGGUGACACGACACGGCCCUAGCAAUGACAGAAAAUUUGGAGCACGCCUCGAAUGUUGAUAAUUCUCAAUUGGAACAGUCGGUGGCUUCUUCUUCCCCCAGUGGACCUCCUCCGCAGAUUGGCAUUGUUAAAUCGGAGAAGGUUGAUGCCGAGGUUGAGGCCAAGCUGCGAGCCUUGAAUGCGAAAAAUAAGUCGGAUCAGGUGCGAAGGAACAGCAAUGGCCAGCAGCAGGAUGACGACACGGAAGACGAUGACGAGGACUGUGAUGGCGAUGGCUCCUCCGUGGACGAUAAAAAGGACAUUGCGCCGGUGAAGUCAUCCAACGAAAUACUCGCCGAACUCUUUGGCGUUUUCAAUGCAGCACCGCCCGCGGAACUGCUCGACGACAAGAACCUGCUAAAGCUCAAGCACAAAAAGGUCAAGAAGGAGAAGAAAAAAAAGAAGAAAGCAUCCAAAUCGGAUGGCGAGUGGUCCGAAUCGGAUGCGGAGGGCAAGCACAAGCAUAAGCGGAAAAGGCACAAGCAUAAACACAAAGAAACCAAGGAAAAGGAUCGCGACAAGGCCAAGGAGAAGGAGAGGCCAGCUGUUGCUGCUCCUGUUGCCUCUGUGGUGUCUGCCUGUGUCAAGGAGAAAGAGAAGCCCGAGACUAAGAAACGACCCUCGGGUAGAGCCAACCAUGCGGCGGAUGUCCUGCCCUCAAAAAGGGAAAAGCGGGAUCGGGAACGAGAACGAGAACGUGACCGCAGCCACAACAGCUUCUACAAUGGCUACAGGGACAGCGAACGGCCCAGUACCAAAGCUCGCGAAAUGUCCGAUGUCUCGCUCUCCGACGAGGAAUCAUAUCUGCGAGAGAAGGCCUCCUCUAAUGGACGUCGGCGACCUCAGAACAGCUUCUACGACGUGAAAGAAGAGCCCAAGGAGGAGCCCCCCCAGCAGCACCAACGCAACGCUCGAGACUCGGGUUCGAGACGGCCACGGCGGUCAAGAUCCCGGUCGCGUUCACGCUCCCGACCCCGAGAUCUGGGGAUUGACAAGAAGCGGCUGCUGGAGGUGGCGCGCAAGAAUGCCAUCCACAUGUUUAAGCGGGGCAAUCUGCCGGGAGUGGCCGAUAUGACGCCCGAGGUGAAGGACAGGGUAUUGAUUAAGAUGCGUUAUGGCGGACGCACCGUCCAGGAUCUGACGGACUUCUGCAAGAAGAUAUCCAGCGGAGACGCGCUGUCCGAUCUCAGCUCCGACGAGGAGUCCGAUACGGAUAAGAAUGGGAAUGCCAAGGCUUUCCACCACCCCUUUCAGCUGAAGGAGCGGGAACCGAUUGUGAUGCACAUCCGCAACUCCACGCCGAUAUUGCCGCGGAGGGAGGAUCAAACCAAGGCCAUAACCAUGCAGUUCCCCGUGUCCUCUGGCCAGGCGCAUCGCAUAACCGAGGCCUGGGUGCCGGUUGAGCGGAAGGAUUCAUUGGCGCCCCUCCCAUCGCUACCGCCCGCCAAACAAUCUACGAAUAUCUUCCAGGACAUACAGAAGAAUGUGUUUGCCAAAUCCAUACCGCCUCUGGAGAAGCAAGAGCCCGCCUUUAAGUCGAUAGGGGCAAUGGCAUUGGAAUCUUCUUCUGCGUCUGCAUCUGCCCCUGCACCUGUGCCCGCACCAGCAUCCGUUCCCGCACCUGCUCCUCCGCCUCGUCCAGAGCCAGUUCCAGCUCCAGCUGUGGCUCCAGUAAUUGCAUUCACUCCCGCUCCGAUAGCAUUUGUGCCUGAGGUUCCCAUACCAUCUGCCACAGCACCAGUGACCCCCAGCAGGUCAGCAGCGAUGCAGCAGCCGUCACACAGUGCUUCGAUCUUUCCGGAGUCGCUGCCGCUCAGCAUGGAUGUGUCGAGCAUCAUCACCCAGCGGCUCAGUGCUAUCCGUCGGCUACAGACAAAUCCUACCGACUGCGAGGCCAUUAAAAUGAUGUAUAACGCACAGCGGGACAUGUCCUCGUGGGCCUCCUCGAAGCACCUGCCAGGCCAAUUCACGGGCAGCACGGGCGCCCAUGUGUUGAAGGCCCAUGAGCUGAAUAGCGGACCGCAGCUGUGGGUACGCCGGGAUCAGCUGACCUCCACCAAGCCAGUGACCGGCGGCAUGGGCAUGGCUCUGUUGCAGAAGAUGGGCUGGAAGCCCGGCGAGGGACUGGGACGGUGCAAGACGGGCUCCCUGCAGCCCCUCCUGCUGGAUGUGAAACUGGACAAACGCGGCCUGGUGUCGCGCGAUGAUAUCAAACUGCAGCCGCCACGACCGGCGGCGGGUCAGCGUAAAAACAAGAACAGUGGCGGUGGCGGCGGCGGCGGUGGUCCUCCUGGCCAGGGUGGCCCUCCGCCAAUGGUAGUAACGCUGGACAAGCAUCCCGUUUGUGUGCUCAAUGAGCUGACAUCGAAGAACCGGUGGACGCCGCCACAGUAUACCUUGCAGCAGGAAUCGGGUCCGUCUCACAUACGCAGUUUUCUCUUCUCCGUGGAGAUCAAUGGGCAAUCGUACACCCCCAAUCGGCCGUGCAACAAUAAGAAGGAGGCCAAGCUAAAUGCGGCCAAAUUGUGUUUGGAAAGUUUGGGCAUCUUGCAGCCCAGCUAGUUAGCCCAGUUGCUUAGGUUAAAGAUAAUAUCAGGAUCUAUUCUGUAAAGUUUACAUGUAAAUAGGUAUAAAGUUAGUUUAAAAUCU